AUAUCAUCAAGAAUACAAUAGGAAUAAAUCAUUAAAUCUGAUUUUCCCUCCCUCGUUUUUCAUCUUCCUCGUUUUCUUCUGAUUUUCAAUCUCCCUCCACUGUUAUUGUUCACUGAUUCUUCAAGUUCCGCGAGAUUGAAUUGGGGAAAACUAAUUCAUUCACAUAAACUCUAGUUUCAGAGAUUUAAUUUGGGAAGAAUAUUUCAGAGAUUGAAUUGGGGAAAAACAUAAACCCUAAUUUCGGAGAUUUAAUUGGGGAACCUAGAGUUGUUUCCUUCCGCCACCGUCGAAUCUUCAAUCCAAACGCUACUGCGAGAUAGAUAUCGAUCGGGAAUACAACCAGUGAUAAGAAGUGGAAGAUGGAAUCAGACUCUCCUGGUGGUCUAAGUACAGUGAACGGGGUGGUAACACCAAAAAAACAGUAAGGCGAGUGUGUCUAUUUAACUCACCAACUAAGAUUGUAGAAAGGGUUGAUCAGCCGAAAAGUGAACCUGGAGUCGUGCUCGGAGGUUUGAAGGAGGGAGAGAUAAAGGAGGGCAUAAUUUUGCAUGUGGUUGGUUUGAUUUGAAUUUAAGCGUCUUUGUGUCCCUCCCCACUUUCAAAUAUUGCCAAUAUUUCCUAAUUCGCAUGUGGUAGGUUUGAUCUGCAAGGUUCUUUCCAGAUUUUGAUGUAUCUUGUUUGGUGUUUUUGUUGAAUUGGGUAAUUUUUGUUGUUGUUUCCAUGAAAUAAUAUGCUGGAUUUCGUGUUUUAAUGAUGAUUUAAGAUGUAUUUUCACGGUGAUUGGCCACCUGAUGGUAAAUUUGAGGAGAGUUUGCCACUACAUGGUACUGAAUUUGUUAGAGCAUUGUCAUUCAAGGAGUACACUCAUUCAAGGGAUGGUGUUCUAAACCUAUCUACCAAAUGGCCUUUGGACAAGUUGAAGCCAGACUUGGAACCCAAGACUUAUAUUUCUUAUGGGCUUCUUGGAGUUGGGUCGUGGAGACUGAAGACUCUGUUACGAAGCUACACUGUUAUAUGUCUGAAUGUCUGAUGAGGAAAUCAACACUGCGAUUUGUUGAGCUAGCUUGGUACUGGUGGCGAAACAGCGACGGAGAUGACAGUGGAGUAGAAAGCUAGUUCUACUCAACCAACUCUUAACAAAAUACUUUUGGUGCAUGGAGCAAACAAUAAUGGACACAAGAAGAAGGAGGGAGUAUGUUACAGGAAAACAAAAAGAUGCCUUUUCCUAGGCUUACAAUUCCACGAAGAAUCUUUCUGCAUGUGACACUUUUCCUACCAUCAUUGAGAUCAAGAACAGGGCUAAACUCGACAACACUUAAGACGACUUGUUUAAGUACUCCAUUAUGAGCAAAAAAACAUUUCUUAUUUAAAGAAGGUUACUCCGUAUAUACUACUCCGUACUAUUUACUCAUUUCGCCCCGGAAUACUCGCAACAAUUUGACUUUUUACACUAUUCACAUAAUUUACUUUAACCCUAUUUUAUUUAUAGUACAUGAAAAUAAGUGUUACCAUAUAAUAUAUUGUGGACUUCAUCUUAACAUAUAUUUUCAAAAUAUUAUAUUUUAUAAGUUUUUAUAAUAUAUGAUUAAAAAUAUUAUAGUCAAAGUUGUGCAUUGACAAACGUGUUCAGUCAAAACGUUGCGAGUAUUCUGGGACAAAGGGAGUAUAUUUUUGUAUGAAUGAGCUAUAAAGACGGCAUUGUUGUUUUUGUUUUUUUUUUUGGAUGUUGCAUUAUUGUUUUUUUUGGUGUGUGUUUGUGUAUUAAGGUGUGAAACUUACAAUGUACUCAUACUAUUGAACAGCUACGAACGAGUAUAUAAGUUCUCAUUUAUAGUACGGAAUACUAGCUUUUUGCAACCCACAACAAAAAUUUCCCAUUUGCUUUGCUUCCCAUCAAAUUAGCAAAACAAAAGUAACACGUAAGACAUAAUUCCAUGCUGCAUAAUUUCUUGAUGAAAUAUAUUAUACGUUUAAUUUCUUUGUCUACAAAUUAAUCCAUAAAAUACAAGGUGACCGUAUUUUCUAAUGAUAAAUCUUGACCGUCUCAAAAUUUGUUUAAAGUGACCUCAAAUGUGAGGGAGUGUUAAAGUACUGUAUAACCUUCUCAAAUAACACAUGUGAGUGUCCCACGUUGAUAAAUGAUGAAAUAGUAAUAACUUAAUAAAGCUAAUGGAUUACUCCCCUUAUUACCAUUUACGUAGUAUAUAGUUUUAAGGUGAAACCCCAUUUGUACUUCCUCCGAUUUUUAAUACUCGCAACGUUUGUGAUUUCUACACUAUUCACUAUUAUACAUUGACAAUUGUUGGUGAUUUAUACAUAAGAUAAAACAUAGUCAUGUGGGAUCUUGUUAGAUUCGUCUUAAUGUAUAUUUUCAAAAUAUUAAUUUUUUAUAAUUUUUGCUUAAAGAAAAUUACAGAUAUUAAUUAUCAAAGUUGUGCAUUGGCAUGCGUGAAAGUGACAAAUGUUGCGAGUAAAAAUGAACGGAGUAAGUAUUUGUUAAGUGAACUCUCUCUUGAUAAUGGGCAUGACCCACACUCAUAUUUAACAAUUUAUCUUAAUGCAAGAUAUUAACUUUUUAUAAUUUAGGAUUUUCAGAAAAAGAAUUUUCUAUUAAUAUAAUGCUAAAAUAAAUAUUGUACGUAGUACAAAUGUUGCAACAAAAUUAAAAUGUCUCUAUUAAUUUAUAACGGGGGAAGUAGCUUUGACUAUAACCACAAUAGUAAGUUUAAUUGGUUCCUUAGAUCCACUAAUCUCAAUGGUGUAUUUAUAUAUAUAUAAUUUUUUUUGAGGGGAUGUUCCGGGUGUGGAAUGAGAACAGCUGACUGUGGGAUACUGGAUCCUGGUGAGAGUGCCGGUUGAUAUCUGCACAACAGAAUGGAUUAACUAGCCUCGGGGGUGGUUCGAGGAUCCCCCUCCGAUGCUUAAGUAAGAUUACUGAGAGAUUAAGAGAUGAUUAAGAGAUGAUUAGAGAGUAAGAAAGAAGUGUGUUUAAGUGUUUGUCUACCUCAUAGCAAUAAAUGAGGUGCUCCUUAUAUAGACCAAUCCAAGGGUACGAUCAGGUGGGUCCCUUGUGUUUAGAUAACGACCUGUUGAUAGUGACCCUUGGUUGGUUAUCUUCAUGAUAAUGCCGGUAGGGGUCUUUGCAAAUAUUGCCGGUAGCCCUUAUGUUCCUAAUAUGACCAGAUUAUCUGCAGGUUAAGUUUACCUACGGGGAGUUCUGCCGGUACCAAGUGGUGCCGGUAGGACACCCCGUACAACUUUUUACUCCGACGACUUUUUACUCCGACGGACUUUUACUAAACCCCGGCCUCGAAUGGAGCAGUACAACCAGCGUGGUUUGGGCCGGCGGGAGAGAAAGGCUUUUGAUUAUUUGGCGUGUGACAUUUUAGAUGUCGGCCUCAGCAAAAAGCACGUUGUUAAUCGGAAUUGGCUCCCUAAUGCAUAUUAUAUUUUGGGUAAUCAGCCCUUGUCCGCUGUCGGCCUUUGCAACACCCACUGCUUUGGUACUAAAACAUUGGAUAGAGAAAUUCUCGGAUUUGACGAGAAUUGGAGACCUGUGUGCACGCAGCCCCCGCUACCUAAGGGAAAGUACGACACCAUAUCAACGUACUCCACACGGGCCUCCUCCCGUCGUUCAACUGCUACCGUUGCGAAGAAUCGUGUUGCCGGCGGUUCUAAAACCAAAUCUUCCUCUGUCUCUAUUCCAAAAACUGUGCAACCGCCCACUAUGCAAUCUAAUCCAACCGACCGUGGUGGGAAGACUCGAAAGAGGUUGUCACUUACUAGUGGGCGUUCUGACCCCACUAAGAAGUCUAAGGCUGCUGGCGGCGAUGAUGUUUCGGCUGCUGUUGACAACUACGAAUUCCCCGCUGACGAUACUCUCAAAAAGACGGCUGAUUCUGCUGUUGCGGUUCACCCGUCUCCGCAGCCGUCCAUUGAGAUUUUGGACGUGGAAGGUGGUGGCGGCGAGAAUGAGGCUCCACUUCAGCACUGUGCCACGUCGGCCGCUGUGACAGGGGGUAAUUCUAGUAUGCCCCCUGUUAGUCGUAGUGAGAAUCGAUCUGGUGAUUCUCGGCUGAAUUAUCAUCUGCCGCUUCGUACCGGCGGUUGGAUUGAGGAUACACCCUUUAAGAUCCCGGAAGCAAUGAAGUCAUGGUUCGGGUCUUCUGGCGGCGAACCCACCGAUCAGUUCUACCCACACAUUGAUCUGCUGUGUGGGGAGUCGGUGGCGACCGAUUCUGCUAAGGAAGGUGGGGAUUUGGGCUACCGUGCUUUUCGGGAUCUGAUAACUCCUGCUGACAGGCCACAGGGUCAGAUUGACCCCCCUGCUGCUCAGCAUUUCAACGAUUUGUACAAGGUAUUUCUUGCUUAAUUUGUUACAACUUUCU